UGCCUUCCCUUUCACUUCACGCUCAUUCACUCAGUUCGAAGACAGGCCAAUAUACCAGACAAGAGCGUCGAUCCCACGUUCGCAUUCACUUUCACCUUCAUCACGACGCUCUGAUUGAGACAUAUCGUGUCGACCCAUCUUGUUUGCUGCAAAAUCUUACGCGACAACUAGUCGAGACUCUCCUUGUGUAUCGGCUCGCUUGGCAGUUCUAUUCUCGAUCCUCACUCAUCAUCUUACUGCUCACAUCCUUUUGACGAUUUUCUCGUGGCGCUUGCCAAAGUAUCGGUGUGGCUACAAUCAACCAGAGGUAGCGCAUAAUACUAUGGUUCCAGUUAAAGCAGUACCAGAGAAGACGCGCGAGGAGCCUCGUGUGGAUUCAGGCGCAGCGCUUUCAGAUCCUGCUGCACUUUCUAGUGGAUCAGCGAACAACAAGCUCACGAUGCCCAUCCUUAGAAACACGAAUUGGAACUAUGGUGCUCCGAAAGCUCGCUACCGCAAAAACGAACUACAGCUGCGGCAGCCAAAGGGGUUCCCCAUCAAACCACUCAAGAUCACGCUCGACCGCGCUCGCGAAGAGGCAGAACUUGAGGCAGCGACCAAACGAUAUGCUGACCCUGACUUCGAGAUCUACGAAGACUGGAAGGAAAACGACGAGCUUGAGGAGGAAGACGACUACGAUGGCAAGGUAGAACCCGAGAGCGAGGCAGCAGAUAGCAUCGCAGAGGAUAUUCUAGACGGUUUCGCCUACGGCAGUAUGGAUGGCAACGCAGACGAAAGCGAUGCUUCCACCGAUCUUCCAACUUUCAGAGUCAUCCCUGAGAAGCCUGCUGCGCUUGUUGACAGUCUUGGACGUACUCGCGCAGCUACAAGCCGACGAAAGGCUCAGGAAGUCUCUGACGCUAUCAUAUCGCUAGGAGUCUCACGUGAAGGCAACGGGAAUGCAGCAGUUGACAACAAGAAGCGCAAGCAUACAAACACGCACGUGGCCAAACAACCAAGGAAGACACUGCCGAAGAAGUCCGUCUAA